CGGGAAAAUAUCCCUAAUAAACCACGGGUAACACCGCCGGACACAGCUAGUGCAAUAUAAGUCCUUAAGUAAGUACAUAUGCAGGCGAGAUAAUGCAAUGUUUUCAUAUGGCGAAGCAAAGGUUAACUUUUAAUUACGACUGCAAAGGUAGGCUUGGAACGCAGUGCGAGUCAAGUUACACAACCCAUCAUAACAAACCACUGCUGUAUAAUAUAAUGAUGAUUGGUCACAUAAUACCACUUGAAAUCAGUUUCUUUGGCGUCAUCGAAGCGGGUAUACGCGUCAGUCGUAUUUACAAGAAAAAUAUUUUAAAGGUUUUUUUGUCUGUGCCAAAAACAAGUUUGGAUGUGAAACAUAUUUUUUGGAACUACCAAAGAGAAAAUAUUAUCUGAUAGAAAUGCCUGAGGAAUCGGAGGUGCGCGCCUUUUACUCGGGCAAGAAUUUCUUCAUAACCGGCGGCACGGGGUUCGUCGGGCUAUGUCUGAUCGAGAAGAUAUUGAGGACGAUCCCAGAUGUUGGCAAGCUGUAUUUGCUUAUGAGACCCAAGAAAGGGAAAGAAAUCGUGGAGAGGCUGGAUGAAUUCCCAAAACACCCGGUAUUUGAGAAACUAAUAGAAUUAAAGACUAUAGACAUAUUCCAUAAGCUGGUCCCCGUUGCUGGGGAUGUCGGUGAUGAUAAUCUCGGUCUCAGUUCUGAAGAUAGGCAGAUGCUUAUUGAUAAUGUCAACGUGGUGGUGCACUCCGCUGCUACAUUAGACUUCCAAGACAAUUUGAGGCCGACUGUGAAGAUUAAUUUACUUGGUACCAGAAAAAUCAUGGAGCUUUGCAAGGAAAUAAAAAAUUUGAAGGUAAUGAUCCAUGUGUCUUCAGGCUAUGUCAAUUCUUACUUGUUAGAGGCCCACGAGAAGGUAUACGAAGCCCCAGAAGAUGCUGAGAAAGUUAUUUCCUUAGUUGGUACUCUGUCUGAUGAGGCUUUGGACGAAAUUGAACCUAAGGUGCUGAAGUCGCAUCCCAACACUUACACAUUCACGAAACACUUAGCGGAACAUGAAGUUGUGAAAUGUUCUGACUUGUUCCCAUGUACUAUCGUCAGACCUACAAUGAUCGUUGGAUCGUGGAAGGAACCCGUGCCCGGUUGGACCUGUUCCAAAGUAGGCCCUCAGGGGUUCCUUAUGGGCGCUGGUAAAGGCGUUGUUCGUAGGCUGCCAUUAGCCAAGGAGAAUAUUAAUGACUACAUUCCCGUAGAUGUAGUUGUGAAUCAACUGCUAGUUGCUGGAUGGCAUGCCGCCAAAAAUAAGUCCGGCCUCUCAGUGUACCACUGUUCUUCGUCAACAUGCAGGCCAUUCCGUUGGUGCACAAUCGAGAAUACAGUCAACACUAAACUACAUACUUACCCGUUGAAAAGUGCUGUGUGGUACCCUUACCUAGCUUUUAACUCUUCACUGUUAAGUUUCCGUAUAUCAGCCAUAUUCGUUCACUUCUUCCCCGGUAUACUAUUGGAUAUGAUGCUUAGAUUGACUGGAGGUAAACCUAUAUUAUUCCGCUUGAAUCGCAACGUGUGGAACUCAUUGAAUCGCUUGGAAAAGUUCAUAUUCACCGAAUGGCUGUUUCACAAUCCCAAUACUCUGGAUCUUGCCAAACAACUCAACAAGACAGACAGAGAGCUGUUUUAUAUAGAUAUAUCUAGUUUAAACUGGGAGGAUUAUUUCACCAAUCUUCAGCUGGGAGUUAGGAAAUAUUUGAACAAAGAGAAAGACAGCACAUUACCAGCGGCCAGGAAGAAGCAGACCACAUUGUACAUCGUACAUUUGCUAUGGCAAGCGGGAAUUAUAGUCCUUCUAUGGUUCCUGGUCGCUUGUCUCCUUGGCGUUUCUAUGAUGAAGACUGUCUGGAUAGUUCCUGGCAUCUACAUUCUAUACACGUGCUUGUAAAUCGACUUUAAUACAAUAGAAAAUAAGGUUAAGUUUCAAUGUAUCAGUUUAUUAUGAGCAUGUUAUACGGCAAAAUUGAGUUGUUCUUUGGGAGCAUACCCAUACUACGUGACGCACUUUUAACACCCUUGUUUUAUUGUUUUUAAAUAUUUUUUGCAUACAGAAGGGUAAAAAAAAUAAGGUUCAUAUUUUUCUUUUUUAAUAUUUUCUUGGCGCGGCCAAGAGUGCUUGCCUAGCUAUAAUUACAAUUUAAAAAUAUCUCUUAUAUUGUUCGUUAUCUGAAUUAAAUAAAAUAUACCAAGAAGAAAAUUUCCCUUAAGGAUAUUGAUUAACCCCCCCCCCCUCACGUAGUAUGGAUACUUUCCCGACUUUAAUUGGUAAAAAACUAAUAAUUUAAUUUAAAUUAUUUCUUUGUGAAAUUAUGCAUUUGCUUUGAUUUAAAUUUUGUAUGUGUUAUUUAAUAUUGUUAGUUUUUUUUAGUUGAUGUAACUUUUAAUGUAUACAAUGGCAUUCCUUUGCAUUUCGGAGUUAAUACAAAAUAAGUUGCUUUCUGAGCCUGUAUAUACACUUCCGGACUCAUCUAUCGGCCCACUGAAUGUUAGUUUAAACGUUCUGUAGCAAAAAUAUUUGUAAGGUUGAGCAAGAAUAAUAUGUUUUUGAAUACACAUGUAAAGAUGGUUAAUUGUUCAUAUUUAAAACAGUGUAAAACCUUUUCCAAAAAUUUUACAUUUAUUUUUAGCUAGGAAUGUCAAAACUAAAAUGAUAGCUGGGGCAAUUAUUGUGUCCGGAAAUAUACAUAUAUAUAUAUAUAUGUUAGUUAAAAAAAUAUAUAUGUUAGGGUUGAAAAUCGAGGUCACAAAAUAUUUAAGUUUAUUUUAAGUUUCUUAUAAUUAUACAAAAUCAAUGUUUUAUUUAUUACAGUACACUGUUUUAUACUUAUUAAAAAUGCUUACUAAAGUGUAAUUUGUGUAUUUCAAAUGUAUUCAUAUUUUUCUGUGUCUGAAAUAAAUGGAAAGUAACUUGAACAAUAUUUUAUUUUCUUAUGUUAAAGCUGUUAUCACGUCACUAUUAUAUUGUUAUUUUUUUAACAGUUUUGAAGUGUUAGUAUGAAUCAAACUAAGGGGUUAAUUUAAAGAUUAAUGUUAAUUUAAAUAUUCAAAUAAUUUACGGUUACUCUUAGGCCCGUAUUAUAGAAAAUUUCACAGUAAGAAAUCUAGUUUUAAAACGUUUAAUUUUAGAACGUUUCUACAAACAUAAACCUUAAUUAAAACUCAGUUGAGUAAUUGCUUAUUUCAGAAGGACAUUUACGAUAAAAUCAAGCAAAGAUUUGAUCUUUGUUUACUUAAAUAUUGUCGGCACCAUUCUUAAGAAGAGAAAACUUAAUUAUAAUCCCGAAUAAACUUGUAAUGCGAGUUUAUGAAGUUGGACAUACCGCAAAGUUGUUUAUUAUCUAAGUGUAAUUGAAAACAUACUUAGCCCAUAGACAAAUUUGAUCGGAGUUCAAAAGAUAUUUCUUUCUAGUCUCACCUGUUUUUCUUUUAAAACGUGAUCUGUAUAAUAUGAUGAGCAAUCAAGUAGUGAUCUACAGUUAAAACUAGCUUUGCGUGAUUCUAGUUUAUAUGCUGCUUUAGGCGCGUUCUAUAAUACGGGCAUUAAUCCCCGGUUUUAAUAAACAGAGAUUAAGCUUAGAAUAGUUACGCCGUGUUUUGUUCAUGUCACCCAAAUGCCAUUUGUCAUUCAAUAAUAAUAAUAAUGUUUUAUUUCAGAUACUAGAUCCAUAGAAAUGUUAGUAACAAUCAAACCCUUAAAAACUAUGUUAGUACAUUUUAAAACAAAGUUAUUUCAUAUAUACCUUCUGGCACCGGUCACAUGAACGAAUGGCACACUUGAACAACAAUGAACAGAGACAAAACAUUUGUAUUUUGGUCAAUAAAAUUAAAAUAAAUAAAUAAAUAAAACAUGGAAUAACAUAUCCAAGCUUAUUCCUUGUUUAUAAAUGAGCGGGAUACAGUUUAAAUGUACUUUUGCUGAAAAUAAUAAGUAGUAAAGGAUAAGAAAUUUGUGUGACGCAUUCUGUUAAUUUUAAGGGUAUAAGUUUAGAAUGACGAAUUAAAGUUGUUUUUU